AUGCCAGUGGACUUGGUUCUUGAGAGUAGCGAUGGUAGUGUUCAAGUUUCGUUCCGACCGUUUACGUGUCCGCGUAAGAUAACCGGAAGCUACAAGGUGGAUCAAGUCGAUUUACACUAUGCUAGAUGUGAUGUGAAAGGAAAACCAGGUGAACCGAUAGCGAGAUUGGGUCCAUUGGGAUGGUCGUGCAUUGGAAACCCAGAAGAGAAAUCGUUGGUCUGCGAAUCACUUCGAACGAACCUGGUCUACACGUUCUUUGCAAAGUUUCAGCCACUUGAAGAGCUUAAUCGGUCGUUAAAGAGAUUUUGGGAAUUGGAGUCUGUCAUGCCCGAAGAGGAGCCUUGCGUGAUGUCACAAGAAGAAAAGUGGGCGUUGUCUCAGUUGCGUGAAUCGUUAGUCAAGGUCGGAGAACGUUACCAAGUGGCAGUUCCAUGGAAAGGAAACCGUCCAGUUCUAGCGAACAAUUAUGAGACAGCACUCAAACGACUCGAGAAUACAGAGAAACGGCUAUUGAGAACCGAGUCACUCGGGGCAAGUUAUAGCGACAUCAUUCGAAGUUAUAAGGAAAAAGCAUACAUUCGUAAGGUGAACCAAGACGAAGAAAUGUCACCUGUUGGUCAGGUUUGGUUCUUACCUCAUUUCCCGGUGUGCCGUCCAGACAAAGAAACGACAAAGACCCGUAUAGUGUUCGAUGCCAGCGCCAAACAUCAUGGAGUAUCCUUAAACGACAUGAUCUUACCUGGACCAAAGCUGCAAAGUAAUCUGUUUGACGUAUUACUUCGAUUCCGUCGGUAUGCUGUAGCCAUGGUAUGCGAUAUCCGUGAAAUGUACCUGCAAAUCCGGAUCCCGACUGAAGAUCGUUCGUACUUCAGGUUCUUGUGGAGGGAUCUAGGAACUGAUAGACGUCCAGAAGUGUACGAGUUCGAGAGAGUGGUUUUUGGAGAUACGUCAGCCCCUUUUCGUGCGCAAUAUGUAACUCAAGAAAAUGCUCGACAAUACAAAGAAAUUUACCCCCUCGCAGCAGAAGUCAUUGAGAAAUCAACGUACAUGGAUGAUUCUUUGGACUCGACUCGAACCGAUGAAGAAGCAAUCGAACUGUACGAGCAGUUAAACAAGUUGUGGAAUUUAGCUGGAAUGGAUCCUCGAAAAUGGGUGUCGAAUUCCCACCGCGUUCUUGAAAGAAUUCCCAGUGAGAAACGGGCAGAAAAGGUCGAUUUAGACCAAGGAAAUAUUCAUACGAUCAAAACACUGGGUGUAUUAUGGUUGGCAGAGGACGAUGUGUUUUCGUUCCGAGUAGAAGCGGUACUGGAACCAAAGUUUACGAAGAGAACAUUACUAAGCCAAGUGUCGAAAGUAUUCGACCCGUUAGGGUUUGUUUCGCCUUUCGUCGUGUCAGCAAAGAUUAUCUUUCAAGAGUUAUGGGUGCAAGGAAUUGGAUGGGACGAUCCAAUUGAAAAUGGUGUGUAUCGCCAGGCCAAGAGUUGGUUGGACGGUUUAAAAGAUCUCGAAUCUCUGAGAAUUCCCCGAUGCAUUGAGUUGAACAACGAGAGAUCACCAACAGUGCACACCUUUGCGGAUGCGUCGAAAGUCGCAUAUGGAGCGGUGAGCUAUCUAAGAGUCGAGAAUCCAAACGGAGAGAUUAGGACCCACAUGAUUGCAUCGAAAACCCGGGUGGCACCAUUAAAGCCAGUCAGUAUUCCACGACUUGAGUUGUUGGCGGCGGUUUUGGGAUUGCGGUUGACAUUAGCUAUCGAACGAGCGUUGAACCUUUCCAUUUCUGACGCGCGAUUUUGGUGUGAUAGUAUGAAUGUGCUCCUUUGGAUCCGCGGACGUGGUCGGGAGUUCUUGUCUUUCGUUGCUAACAGAGUCGGUCUAAUUCAAAAUCACACCAGUCCGGAGCAAUGGCAGUACAUCGGAUCAAGGGACAAUCCCGCAGAUCUCUGUUCUCGUGGGAGCAGUUCAACACAAUUAAUCUCAAGUGAACUGUGGUGGCAAGGUCCCCAAUUUUUACAGAUAAAGGAAUCAGAAUGGCAGUUGAAGAAAAUUUUGGACGAGGGAAAUGUUAAUCGCAAAGUGUCUACGCUGACGUGCCUCUUACAACCCAUGAUCUCUUCAAGCAGCCCUUUAUGGCGAUUGAAUCCAGAGAGGUGGUCAAGCUGGCGCAGGCUUGUUCAUGUUAUGUCAUGGGUAUUGAGAUUUUUGAACAAUUGCCGCACCACAGUUAAUGACCGAGUAAUUGGCCCGUUAAAAUUGGAGGAAGUCCAAGACGCUCAGCUCUCCAUAAUUCGAGACGCACAGCAGCAAAGCUACGAAGAGUAUACCGUUAUCAAAGAAGGAAAGCCGAUUUCAGCACGUAGCAAGUUGCUCAAGUUGAUGCCCAAGCUUGAUGAAGACGGUGUACUUCGAUGCGAUGGUCGGCUAUGCCAUGCCGAAUUCCUGCCAUAUAAUGUCCGUUUCCCGAUUAUAUUACCGCGAGGUAGCUGGGUGACUAGAUUGAUUAUUAAGCAUUAUCAUGAGAUUGGGCAACAUGUCUUGGGUACUAACCAUAUCUUGGCAAACCUUAGUAACGACUAUUGGAUUGAGGCAGCUCGGGAAGAGAUACGAUCAUGGGAGAAGGAAUGUAGGGAAUGUAGAAGACGAAAGGCGAAGGCGGCGAGUCAAGUUAUGGCACCACUCCCGUUAAAUCGGUCGCAAUUACCGUUGAAGGCGUUUUCCAGAGUUUCGGUCGAUUUUGGUGGCCCUUUCAUCACCGUCCAAGGAGCUGCUAGGGAAUUGAAAGAGUUGGUGGACCAGUUGAAUACUUGUAAGAUACAAGAAACCACGAUUGACAGCGGGGUAAAGUGGACCUUUAGCCCACCGUUGGCACCGCAUUUUGGAGGAGCCCAUGAGAUAAUGAUAAAGGCGGCCAAGAAAGCAAUCUACGCAAUUUUGAGAGAUGCUGAUGUAAAUGAUGAAGAAUUGUCAACUAUAUUCGUUGGUGUCGAAGCGACGUUGAACUCUAGGCCCCUCACAUACCAGACAGCUGAUCCGAAGGACUCCUGCCGCUCACCCGAAUCACUUUCUGCAUGGACACGCGGGAGGAAAAUCUGCUCCUGA